CACGAAAGUGCCCCUGAAAGGGACACCGGUAAUUGACCUCAUCACACCCGGGCUCUUGUCUCGUCGCGGCUCUCUGGUGCCAGCUGCUGCUGUGCUAGUUUCCAAUGCGCAAUUCAUGGUUGAGACGCGGCAGCAAGAUCUGAAAAGAGUGGGGGGUGUUAAGUCAAUUGGAUUUGGAGGAGCCUAAUAACGAAGGCAACAUCUCCAAGUCAAGAAGGCACUUUCUUUUGCAUAUCUAGGGGGGAGAGAGUGCGCCGGAGGAGAGCAUUGUUGUGCGAGAUGGGAAGGAGGAGGGGAGGUGGCGGAAUGGUGGAUGUGGCGUGGUUGAUGCUACUCCUGGGAGGCGGCUGCAUUUGGCCCCAGGGACAGAUCUUCGUUGCUGCAGACACCGACCCUAAUGAUCUUACUGCCCUCAAUACACUCUUUACUAGUCUGAAUUCUCCUGGCCAGCUCAAAGGUUGGCAGGCAAAUGGCGGUGAUCCUUGUGGCCAAUCAUGGCAGGGCAUCACUUGCUCAGGAUCAGGGGUCACUGAAAUCAAAUUGUCAAGCUUGGGACUCUCCGGGAAUUUGGCCUACAAUAUGAAUAACUUGGGCUCGUUAGUUGAGCUUGACAUGAGCCAAAACAACCUUGGUAGUGGAAGCCAGAUACAGUACAAUCUUCCCACUAAUAAGCUUGAGAAGCUCAAUCUUGCAGGAAACCAGUUUGGUGGAAAUAUACCCUACUCGAUUUUCACAAUGUCUAAUCUUAAGUAUUUAAACCUUAAUCAUAACCAAUUACAAGGAAAUAUGACCGACGUAUUUUCCAACCUUUAUAGUUUGACAACACUGGAUCUCUCCUUUAAUUCUCUUACUGGUGACCUACCACAAAGUUUCACUGGAUUGUCAAGCCUGAAACAUUUAUAUUUGCAGAACAAUCAAUUUACAGGUUAUAUCAAUGUCCUAGCUAAUCUCCCCCUUGAUGAUCUGAAUGUUGCAAGCAAUCGUUUCACUGGUUGGAUUCCUAGUCAACUUAAGAAGAUAAAUAGUCUACAGACUGAUGGAAAUUCUUGGAGCACAGGACCAGCACCACCACCGCCUCCAUAUACAGCUCCUCCUCCUCCAAACCGUCUCCCAGGUCAGAACAAUGAUGGUUCAUCAAGUUCCGGUGGAAGAUCUGGGAUAGGUGGUGGAGGUGUAGCAGGAAUUAUCAUAUCAUUGCUGGUUGUUGGAGCAGUUGUUGCAUUCUUUGUGAUAAAAAGAAGACGACGCAAAGCUGCAAUGGAAGAGCACUUUGAACAGCACCAGCCAUUCACUUCAUUCCCUUCAAACGAAGUUAAAGAUGUUGCAGACAUGAAGCCUAUAGAAGAGUCUACCAAAAUAGACAUAGAAUCUUUGCCUUCCUCUGCUUCAGUUAGUCUGAAACCACCCCCAAAGAUAGAACGCCACAAGUCAUUUGAUGAUGAUGAUUUUUCAAACAAGCUUGUCACAAAGAAAAGCAAUACAACACCUAUAAAGGCAACUGUUUAUUCAGUUGCAGAUCUUCAGAUGGCAACAGACAGCUUCAGCUUCGACAACCUUGUUGGAGAGGGUACUUUUGGACGUGUUUACAGAGCACAGUUCAACAAUGGAAAGGUUCUGGCCAUCAAGAAACUAGACAGUACUGUGAUGCCAUUCCAAUCAUCUGAUGACUUUGCUGAACUGGUCUCAAACAUUUCAAAAUUACACCAUCCAAAUCUCAAUGAGCUUGUGGGCUAUUGCAUGGAACAUGGACAACACUUGCUUGUGUAUGAUUUCCACAGGAAUGGAUCGCUUCAUGAUCUACUCCACCUUUCAGAAGAAUACAGCAAGCCACUCAGCUGGAACUCUCGUGUCAAGAUUGCACUAGGCUCUGCCCGUUCACUGGAGUACCUUCAUGAAAUAUGUUCUCCAUCCAUCGUCCAUAAGAAUUUCAAGUCAUCCAACAUUUUACUGGACUCGGAAUUCAAUCCACACCUUUCAGAUGCUGGACUUGCAAGCUUUAUUCCUGAUGCUGAAUUCCAGGCAGCAGAACAAAGUGCCGGAUACACUGCCCCAGAGGUGGACAUGACUGGUCAGUACACCCUCAAGAGUGAUGUCUACAGCUUUGGAGUUGUCAUGCUUGAGCUAUUGACGGGACGUAGGCCUUUCGACAGCUCUAGACCCAGGUCAGAGCAGUCACUCGUGCGGUGGGCGACUCCCCAGCUGCAUGACAUUGAUGCGUUGGACAGGAUGGUCGAUCCUGCACUCAAGGGUCUGUACCCAGCCAAAUCUCUGUCCCGAUUUGCUGACGUGCUCGCCCUUUGUGUCCAGUCUGAACCAGAAUUCAGGCCACCAAUGUCAGAGGUGGUGCAAGCAUUGGUUCGGCUUGUUCAGAGGGCCAACAUGACCAAGAGAAUGCUCGAUGGAGACACUUCUCGACGAACAGAUGACCAGGACCAAGAUUUCAUAUGACAGAAGCAAUAUUCGAUCCUUUCUGUACAUCCCAGGUUGUAUUUAUUUUAUUCGCCUAGCGCCCAGCGAGAGAAAAAUGGAAGAAGAAAACAGGAAACUUUGUUGGAUUCGUUAGUAUCUAAUCACAGGUUUUUCUUGGUAACAAAGGAUCGGUGUUCUAUGAUUGUAUCGUGUCUUCAAAACAGUACCUUGGUCGUGCAUUAAUCCAUUCUGUUAGAUUCUUUGGCUAA